GAGAAGGCAACUGUAAAAUAAAGACAUUAAGUGACAGAUGUUCCUGGUUUGAAAAAGACGACUUAAAGGAGUGUGAAAAAACAUGGAUUCUGUUACUGAAAGGCAUCAAUGAAGACUUAGAAUGCACAGACUGGCAAUCCGUGCCCAGUUUUCCGGAGUUCUGUGGAAAGAGUUCCAAGGAAGAGAGUCUACAGAAACAAGAAGUCUUUACAAUUGGAAUGAAAGACUUCCAGUGGGUAUCGUUCCCAUCUUUUUGCAAAGAACAAUGUCUAAAAUCAAAGAAUCUUAGCGUGGACCAGCUAACAGAGAGCCCGACAGACCAUUUACAGAAAGGACAGGACCAAGCAGAUAAAUUGAAAAGUUUACUUUCUACAGCUGAAAAAACAUGCUGUGUAGCUAUUACAGAUCAAGCCAAAAAUAUGGUUGGGGAAGACACAGAAGUUCUCUCAAACCCAGAGGUAAGUCCCAAAUCACAUCAACUCAUGCAACCCAGCUCUACGCAUAACUCGGCAUUGUUGCAAAGCUCUGCAGAAGCUUUUAGCUUUCAACAGCAGUGCAGAGGGACUGUACAGAGCAGCUGGGAAAACAGAAAAGAAAAUGAUAGGGAAGAGCUUCAAAUACAAACACAUGAAGGGAUUAUUUCAUUUGGUGAGGCUGGAUACGUGCCUGCAGAAGAGCAGCCGCCUCUUGCGAGCGUACCUGGAACUGAAAGCUGCAAGAAAAUGGAAAAUCCAAGUGAAGCAUCUUCAACUCUUGAGAGCUGUCCAAUGUGUCAGAUGGAUUUCAGCAGAACACUGUCACAGCUGGAUAUUGACGGGCACCUUGCGAGGUGCUUGUCUGAAAGCACAGAUGAUGUCGUGUGGUAAAUCAGAAGAACGAAGAGCGAAGGAAUGAGGCCAAGGAUGAACCUUUCUCCAAGGAAAAGGAACAGCGUGUCAGGGAAGCACACCCUUGUCUCAAACUUGCUUAAGGAUCACAAGCCAGUAACUCAACAGAAGGUCAAGUGCCACCUGCACGUUCAGGAUCUUUUUGCUUUAAAUCCUCUCCAGUGCCUGUGAAGGAGUUCUAGUUCUGAAAAUGGUGCUACAGGACGUCCCAGAGACCCCCAGGGAAAUCAGUCUUGGCCCUCCUGCAAUCUGGGUAUUUCUGAAAAGAUGUCCUGCUGUAAAUCCCCGAUGUUCUGUCUGAUGCACCACAGUUGUUCAAAAUCUCUAAGCGUAGAAGAAAGCAGCUGAAUAAAAGUUAACUAUUAUUUAAACUUAUCCAAAGGUUUACUGACCUCUUCUUUUUUUUCCCCUCUCUAACCAGGUAAUCUGUGAAAAUAAGCUUGAUUAAAAAGCCAUUCAAACUUAGCAUUUUUCAUUAUUUUAAUAUCUAAGUAAGGAUUUAUAUGAUUGAACAGUUAAUUCUGUGAAUAUAUGUUAAAAGAAAACACCAUCCACACCAAAUAAAGGGUGUGGGCUAUUUUUUUUUUUUAUCUUUCUGAAGGAACACAGCUAAAUUCAUCACCUCACUUUGUAGGUUUCUAAGUCAGUAUCCACUUGAUUAACAUGACUAGUUUAUACUAAUUAGGCUCCAGAAAGAACACUUCUGCCAGUUUCACAAGACUGAAAUGCAAAGCAAGAUUUAAUAUAGGCACUCAGCCCAAACAGCUGCUGUUUCUAUCAGUUUCCCCACUCCCCCCCUCGAAACCAUUCCUGUUUGAGACUAAAGACACCUGAGCACUGGCUGUGGCUGGAAACUACACCCAAGACUCAUCUAUGUGGGUAACUUCAGAGUAGCCAGUAAACGUUUUGUAAGCUUGAGAAAAAGCAGCCUUUUGGGCAAAUGACAAUAAAUGCCAUUUAGUGACAGUUGAGCACCCAGGGGCAGGGCUGAGCCUGCUGGCCCGUUCCCCCAGGGGCCGGCCCGGGGCUUCCAGCACAGCCCCAGUGCUCAGGAGCUGAGCCCCAGCCC